UGAGCCCACUUGAUAUUAUUCGCUUUUAUACCGCCAGAAUUUUUUUUAAGUGCUUCUACAUUUUCUUUGAUUUAGGGCACUCGCACACUGUGAAUAUCCAUCCUUUGUUGCGAAUUGUGUCUGAUUGGCGGCGGCGAAGAUGCUUACGAGCGAUAUACCUCCAAACCAGACCAUAUACAUCAAGAAUCUGAACGAGAAAGUCAAGAAAGAAGCUGUUGACUACUCCGUAAUGAGCAUUGUUUUGGCCGUACAUAAGUUGAAGAGAUCUCUUUAUGCCUUGUUCUCGCAGUAUGGGAGGAUCUUGGACAUUGUCGCGUUGAAAACUGCAAAGCUUCGUGGGCAGGCAUGGGUUGUGUUCAGUGAUGUGCCAGCCGCAAGCAAUGCAGUACGGCAGAUGCAGAACUUCCCUUUUUAUGACAAACCUAUUAGGAUCCAAUAUGCUAAAACACAAUCAGAUUGUAUUGCUAAAGCAGAGGGUACCUAUGACAAGAAAAAGAAGCAAGAGGAGAAAGCUGAGAGAAAGAAACGUGCUGAAGAAGGUCAGCAGACUGCCACUGCUAAUGGUUCCAAAGCUGACACUAAUGGAGACCCAUCUGCUGCUCCUCGGCCAGGAAAGCCAGGCACACAAGAGGCAGUCACUGAGCCCAAUAACAUUCUCUUUGUUCAAAAUCUACCGCCAGAAACAAAUAGUCUCACCCUGGAAUUGUUUUUCAAAAAGUUUGAUGGCUAUAGAGAAGUUAGAAUGAUUGAAGCAAAGCCGGGUAUUGCCUUUGUGGAAUAUGAAAACGAGGCCUCGGCCUUAGCUGCCAUGGAGAGCCUUCAGGGCUUCAGAAUCACCGAUUAUCCAAUGGCCAUCACAUAUGCCAAAAAGUAA